UAAUAUGUUUUUCACAAAAAAUAAAAAAAAAAUAUCUUGCUAACAACCUAUAUACCCCCAAUCAAACAAAACAAAACAACAAAAGAAUUCUUCUUCUUCUUCUUCUUCUUCUUCUUCUUUUGGAAUUCAGGUGUGGAUCCGUCUGUGUUGUUAGUAAAAGCUACUCUACACUUAAAUAGGUGAAAAUAUACAUAAUAUGGAGGGAUAUGAUAACGGGUCGUUGUAUGCUCCGUCGUUUUUGUCGCUAAAAUCUCUAUCAAAACCGGAUCAUGAGUUGCAUCAAGGCGAAGAAGAUGAGGGAUCAAAGGCUAGAUCAGAAGGUAGUUCGAGAAGCAUCGAGUUGAAAAAGAAGGGGAAGAAGAAACAAAGGUAUGCGUUUCAGACUAGGAGCCAAGUUGAUAUCCUUGAUGAUGGCUAUCGUUGGAGGAAGUAUGGACAAAAGGCCGUCAAGAACAACAAGUUCCCUAGGAGUUACUAUAGGUGCACAUAUGGAGGAUGCAACGUGAAGAAGCAAGUGCAAAGAUUAACAGCGGACCAAGAAGUCGUCGUAACAACCUACGAAGGAGUGCAUUCGCAUCCCAUCGAGAAAUCCACCGAAAAUUUCGAGCAUAUUCUCACACAAAUGCAAAUCUACUCUUCUUUUUAAUUAAUUAUUCUCACACAGCUGAGCUCUCUCAUUGUUGUAAAUUAGUUAUAAAAAAAUAGAAUGUUAAAAAUAAUUGUCCUAAUAAUCUAUAUACUAUAUAAAUAGAGAAAUAAAGUUAAGUUGUAUAGUUCAGGAUACAUAUAUGUAUGUAGUAUACAAUUUGGAGCAUUCUCUGAUAAGCUCAUGCUGUAAUUUAUUAACAGUGAAAAAAAGAUUCUUUUUAGUUA